GAUACAGCAGCUACCGAUGGCAGCCCUCAAGAGCCCACUACGCCUACACCGCGAGGAUGAAGAGUACCAGGACUACCAGGACCUCGACUACCCCGAAGAGGUCGAGCCCGGCUACAAUGAAGACGAGCAGGAUGCCUACGACGAGGUCGAGGAGCCAGACCUGCCCGCGGAGGACCCCGUGGAGUCCACCUACUAUGGCUUGGAUGAGGAAGACGAUGAAACGGAGGAAGCCUACGCCGCUUACCUUGACGCCCGGCGGCGCCUCGCCGAGGUGAAGGUGGAUCCUCGAAAGGCAAGACCGGAAAAGGUCGCGGCGGAAAAGGGAAGCCUAAAGGCACCUCCAAAGGCGGACUACCACGACCGACAGCACCUCCUCCCAAAGGAAGAGCCCGGGCAGAUGCUACAAAGUGUCUACGCUGCGGACAACCAGGACACUAGGCCGCAGCUCCUCUUCGCCCGCACCCACAAGACCUUCCUGUUCGGUGGAGACAACAGAUCGAUGGCAGACUGGUGCCUGCACCUUCCUGUGUGGGUCGGAGACGUCCGGGGACGUAUACAGUGCUUCCUGGUGCCCGGCGAGAUGCCAAUCUUGGUCGGGCGCCCGAUCCUGAAGGCCCUGAAGGUGAAGAUGGACUACGACCACGACAAGGUCUCGAUCAUGGGCGAGCCAUGGACGGAGGCCCUCGUCGGACCCAAGGGCGAGUAUCUGUUGGCCCUCGACGAUGGCCUCAGCCCCGACACCCUGGACUCCGAGUACGCCUUUGACUAUGUCACUGACGAUUGUGUCGAUACCUUCACCUCCCAAGGCGCCCUCCUUGACAUGGGCACCUACCUUCGGGAGACCGGACGUCCAGGACCUGCUUUCCUCGAGGAGGACACUAUGACGGCCAGUAUCGGCUAUGGCAUCAAUAGAAGCCGCAAGCAGUUGGACCGCAUCUUGGAGUCCGCCUACCGUGCGGCAGAGACCUCCAACGCCACGUUCUGGGAAGUUUACAGCGGGUCUGGAAACCUCUCUGCGGCUAUGGCCGCCCGAGGCUUCCAGGUGAAGUCCUUCGACCUGCCAAACAUGAACGUCCGCAAUGACCACGACCGGGAACUGUUGGAAGCCACCCGCGACUACCACCACCACACGCACCUCAAGUUCACGCGUCGGGUGUUUCUGCGCAUGUCCCAGUACGGAAUCGUGGUUCUGGAGCACCCAUUGAGCUCUAAGGCCUGGUCUACCCCCGCCUUCCACGACCUGGGCCUGGCUAUCCACGUGGACCAGUGUGCACUGGGAGCCACUCUCCCCAACCUCCACAGGAUUGACACGCCGAUCAAGAACCUCGGCGCUUACAGAUGCAAUGGUUCCCACCAGCACCAGGCUCUACUGGGACAGUGUGCCCGCCUGGGCUCCCGUGCGAAGGCGGCCGCUACCUACCAACCGGCGAUGUGUGACCGAAUUGCGGAAUGCCUCGAAGGAGCCUACUACGCCUACUUCGUCUAUGGCGGGUGCGCCACUGAGGAAGCCCUUCCGGCCUCCGACGUGGACAUGGAGGAAUACGAGCCCUCAGACUGCGAGCCACCCGAGGACGACGACCUCUACCCGAGAGUGACCCCGGAAGAUCCGGAUGCUGCUGGGCUGGACCUACCCUCGCUCCAAGACAUGGAAGCAGGACCGGUUCCGACGUCUACAAGGCCCACUGGUUGCCUCAAGAAGCUCGAGUGCAAGACCUCUGCGGAAGCCAACAGGAUCGUGGCACGGAUCCAUCGGAACAUGGGCCAUCCCAACAACAAGGAUCUGAGCACGAUCCUUGCUCAGAGCGGCGCAAGCCGCAUGGUCUACGAAGCGGCCCAGAAGUACCAGUGUCCGACGUGCAAGAAGCUGGCUCCUCCCGCUCAGACACCCAAGUCCACCUUGCGGACCACCUACCGGUUCAAUGAGCGACUUUUGUCAGAUACGAUCUGGCUGCAGGUCUCUGACAAGACCCUGCCCGUCAUCACCAUGAUGGAUGCGGCCACCCGCUUUCUGGCCGCGCGGUUUGUUACGAAGGAGACCACUAGCGAGUUUAUUGUCGCCCUCCAGCGCGGAUGGAUCCGCACGUUUGGCCCUCCAACAACCCUCUUCGUGGACAGCCACCGUGCAUGGGGAAGUGACGAAAUGAUGCACUUCACCACCGAGCACGGCAUUGAGCUCAUCAUCUCCCCGGGAGAGGCACAUGAACGCCUGGCGCAACUGGAACGCCGCCAUCAGGUUCUACGAAGAGCCGUUGAGAUGUAUCUGGAGGACAAUCCCCCCACCGGAUCAGGCCCAGAGGCCCUCAUCGAGGCCCUCACAUUCGUGGUGCCCCAGCUCAACCAGAGCCUGUCCGUGGGUGGUUUCAGCCCGACACAAUGGGUCCUCGGCUACCAGCCCACGGUUCCCGGCAGCCUGCUGGACUCGAACGUGAACUACAGCCACCUCGACCCCAGCACGGCCUUUCACUAUAAAAUGGAAUGCCGCGUCAGAGCGGCCACAGCAGUGGUGAAAGCCGACAAUCUCCAGAACCGGGGCACCACCGUCUACAUCGACCUCUUCCGCACCAACCGCAAACGCCGACGGGAAGACUUGGCCGACACCGACCAGGAGGGCACUGAUGAUGAAGGCGACCAGACCUGGAAAUCACUCCGACACCCACCUCUGCCGAGCCUCCUGGACUCCGCCGAGCUCCCGUCGCCGGUGUCUCCUACCCCCACGUUGCAUUCGCUUGGCGGCACUUUUCGGCCGAGGGGACCCCCUCCCCCCCAGCCUCUUGCUGGUGGCCCACCAGCGCAAUCACCACAGCCAGCGACUUCACCUACGUCUUCGGCCAACGAUGGCGACGAGGAUGAUGAUGACCUCGUUUUGGCUGAGGCAGAGGACCCCGACAGUGAGGAAGGUGGUGACGAUGACCCGGACGUCGAUCCAGAUACGGACGAUGAUGAGGACGGGAAUGGAGGUGGCAACGCGUCUACAAGCUCUACUACGGCCCCCUCUACGGCGGACAGACCAGGAACCUUCACCGGAGCGAGCACCCCGACGCCUCCCUCGAACUCGGAGACACGGUCCCCAGGACAAGGAAGCCAGCACCGCCUACAUCCGAUCUUUGAGGCGGGUGCCAACGAGACCUUCAACCAAAAGAGAGCACGGAUAGAUCGAAGCGAAACCACCAGCCAUGGUCCUCAACCACCUGCUCCAGAGGUACAUCCUACGUUCAGGGCACCUCCCUUUGAGACCUUCAAUCAGAGGAGAGCUCGAUUAGAUCGGAGCGAAACCAUCAGCUAUGGUCCACAACCACCUGCUCCUGGCGACAGACCCCAGCCGUACCCAGGACAUGGGCCAACUACCGAGUACGGGUUCACCGUUGACGUGCUGGAGGGUGAGGCAGGAGAACAGGCACAGCCCGACUACUUACCUGAGGGAUGGACCAUCAACGAGAAUGGCUACAUGGUCCUUGACGAGGUCUUCGACACCUGGGAGAUCAAAGGUUCCAGUCUCAUUCGGCACCACUAUGUGGCCAGGAACACCCUCUUCCAUCCGCAGGAGUCUGGCGACUGCCCCGUACCGGUUGAAGUUUUGACGAAAGUCAGGAACACCUACCAGGGAGGCCACUGCCACCAGGAUCGCUGGCGCAACGCAAAGUACAAGGAGGGUGGCUGGUGGACAGGACGCACGAUCUUCAAGAUCGCCAACCGGGACCGCCACAUGGCCCAGACGGCAUUCUACACCAGCUCCAGCGGGGCACCUACCUAUGGGGGACCGAAGGAAAAGAGGCAGAAAGAUGCCAAAACAUUGAACGAACGCACCCUCAGCUUGUCGGACAGGCUGGCGUUCAUCGCGGAGGCACCUGCAGGACGCAUUCUCAAGGCCCAUUUCAUCCUGAAGUGGUCCAAGAAUUCGGACGGGACCCCUCGCGCCAAGGCCCGGCUUAUCAUUCAGGGGUUUCGGGACCCAGACGCCCUGGCUGGCUUGGUGGACUCGACGUCCCCCACUUUGUCCCGACUCGGCCGCACGACCCUCUUCAGCCUCACCACCCUCAAGCAGUGGACUACCUUCGUGGCGGAUGUCUCCACGGCAUUCCUUCAGGGACGCGAACACGCAACCUUGUGGGUACGCCUGCCAGCAGACGCCAGACAGCUCCUCGGCAUCACCGAUCCCAAGGUCUGUAUGAGGUUGGAGCAAGCUGGCUUUGUCAAACAUCCGCUCGAUGCGUGUCUCCUUCUGUACUAUGCCCCGGACCUACGAUGCGCCGUGGGACUGCACGUGGACGAUUUGCUUGGCACCACGGCCCCCGAGAACAGGAUGUCUUCGAGUUCCAUGGGGGUGAGCAUGUCAAAGGAGGCCCAUGGAGGACACAGCUGCGGACAUGGCAACUACCUGGCGAAGCUGAAACCGAUCACGCUUGACAAGGGCCGCAUGGCCAACCACGACAGCCCGGUGACGGAAAAGGAAAGGACUCAGCUUCGAGCCCUACUUGGAGCUCUUCAGUGGGCGUCCACCCAGACCUCCCCUCACCUACAGGCGAUGACCUCCAUGCUGGCCGGUGAGGUACCGAAGGCAACAGUGGCCACGAUCCUCGCGGCGAAUAAGGCCCUUCGCUUCGCCAAGAACAACAGCGAUGUCAAGCUGCAGUACGCCCCUCUUGGCGCCACGAUUGAGGACAUCACGUUUGUGGCCUACUCGGACGCGGCCUUUGCUUGCAGAGCUGACUUGUCCAGCCAAGGCGGCUACUUGAUCUGUCUUUCUCCGAAGACAGUUUUGGACGGCAAGGUGUGUGGCUAUCACCUACUGGACUGGAGGUCCUUCAAGCUGCCAAGAGUCGCCAGGUCCACCCUGGCGGCAGAAGGACAGGCGGCAGCGGAGGCAGCUGACUGCCUCCACUUCACCGUUGUCUUUUGGAAGGCCAUGCUCGACCCGAACUUCAAGGUUAACCAAGUGCAGCCCGACACCUACCGGUGGACAGCCCCAUGCGCCCUGAUUGUAGAUGCCAAGUGUUUGUUCGAUCUGCUGCAUCGCGAGGAGCUCUACGUGUCCACGGCAGCAGACAAGAGGACGUGUUUGGAAGCCCUCACGACGAGAGACAAGCUGCGGGAGAUUGGCGGGGAAGCCAGAUGGGUUUCCUCGGAGAGGCAGUAUGCCGACGGCUUGACGAAGGACUCAGCCACGCAACUAUUGGCCGACAGGCUGCGGACCCACAUGCACAAGAUCGUGGCGGACGACACCUAUCAGGCGUCGAGAAAGAAGACCUCGGCCGAUCGCCAAAAGAGUGCGCAGCAGUUUGCGCAGCCAAGGGCCGCUGCAACUGCAGCAGCCUUUGCGGUGUUUUCGGCCCAGGUUGCCACCUCGGAAGCCGUUCGUGAAAGCACCGGGACCGACCUGGCGGUAUACACCGCCCUCCCCCUGGAUUUCUACACCGAGGCGGGUUACUAUGUGUUCUUCCCCCUCCUCGUGCUCAUGCUGAUCCUCUACCUGCACCCUCUGGACUGGAUGCAACGGCUGAUAACGUGGACUCGAAUGACCUCCAACCAGGCACGUGAUCAGGCCACUCAGACCGACUUCAUGCCGGAGGCCACGACACAGACCUGCUCUACCUCGACCACCCAGACUAUUUCUCGGUGGUGUCAGACGGAUACGGCCAUGUACUACAGCCCGGACCAAACCCCAGAGAGCCUGGCCCUGGACCUGCAGCUGGUACGUGGAUACAACCAGCGACUUGCCGCUGCCGUACAUCGACAGCAACGCACGCUCGACUACCACACUGAGUACCGCCUAUGCUACCACCACAUCGGGGACCUAUAUGUCACUCCCCACGGCAGAGCUUGGCACUGCAGCGAGGACUGCGCCCGGAGCCGGACCAGCAACCACGUGAAGACCCUCACCGCGUGCGCGUACUGCACCAGUGCUUGGGUCCCCAUUCCAGACCGACUCCGGGCCAACCCUCACUUCUCCAUUACGCCGGCACCGAGCACCACAGCCUCUACUUCUGCUGCUUCGUCCACACAGGUCUUCCACAUCCACGGCGAGACAGGUGGAUCCUGA